AUGGAUGUCACAGAUAUUCUACCCCAGCUCGAGCGCCUCGACGGCGAAAUCGACAACCUUGAAGAAGUCCUAGAGCCUCUACUGGGCAGUCUACCCGAGGUAGCCUCCAAGCUACCUUUGCUAGACAAGUCCAAGCUCUAUGUCCUUGUGGCAUAUGCGCUGGAGUCGAUGCUAUUCUCAUCUCUACGACUCAAUGGCGUGAAUGCGAAAGAGCAUGCCGUCUUUACAGAGUUGACGCGGAUCCGACAGUACUUUGAAAAGAUCAAGAACAUUGAAAACCCGCCGCCCAAGCCAGACCAGUCUCUCAACAAGGAAGCAGCUAUUCGUUUCAUCAGGGCUGACCUGGCCGACAACAAGGAGGUCAACACAAAGCUUAGCGAGAUGAUUGCCAAGGAGCGCGCCAGAGCCGCGAUCAAGGCUGCCCAACUCGGAGGCAAGCGCAAGGCCGAGGCAGAGCCAGAGGAGACAGACAAGAAAGAUGAAGACGACUCGGAUUCUAGCGCUGAUGACUCGGAAGCAGAGGUCGCCGUCGAUGCGCGGGCUGCCCAAGAAAAGGCUGAGGCCAAGGCAUUGGCCAAGAAGAUGGAGAAGAGGGCAAAGAAGUAUGAAAAGAUUGGCAAGAAGUUAAAGGCCAAGAAGGCGAGGCAGGCAGCCUAA